UUGAAGUAGCAUGGAAACUGCACUGUCCGUGAUGACCUUGUUCCACAACCUUCUGCCUACUGACCUUCACCCUGAAGCCUCGUUCUCAGCUGCUCACUGUGUAAACACCUGCUACUACAACCGGACAUGCGCAUCAGUGUUCUAUGACAGCAUCCUCAAGCUGUGCUACCAGAGUAACACCUGGUUUGAUGACAAAGUAGCCGGCCUAACAACCCAAAUUGGAGUUUCUUACGUCAUUUUUAGAAGAUUGGAUUGUCCGAUGGGAUGGACAUUUUAUAAACCUGCAGCCAAGUGCUUUAAUCUCAAUCAGACGAGGAAGUCGAACUCUGAUGCUAAAAGUUCCUGUGUGGCAAACGGUGGACGACUUUUCAACAUUCACUCUGCUGAAGAAAAUGCAGUUGCUGAAACAGUGAUGAAACGACAAGGGUCUGGCGUUUGGAUCGGACUACAGAAGGGGGAGUCUUGGACAUGGCAUAAGGGCACCGACGUGGACUACACCUACUGGUCAUCUCCAAAAGGAGGUGGCCAAUGUGCUACGUUUAGUAAAACAGCCAAAAAGUGGCUCACCAAAAAAUGCGGUUCUCCAUUUCCUCAUCUUUGUGAGAUUGUCUUACAGAAGGGACAAGACUAUUGUGCUGUUCCCUGAGAACGUCAACUGUUUCACAAUGACAAGCUUGUUUUUCUGUGCUUGGCUUCUUAUCAAUUUGUCAAUUUAAUUAAGCUAUGGUGGUGGCUGAUCUGUUAACGACUGGUAUCAUCACCAUAUAUAUAACAUAUUAUUGAGUGAGUGAGUGAUUUGAGUAAACGCUUUAAACAGUAUUACAGUUAUAUC